AGUCAGGGCCCUCACUCGCACGCAUGCCUCGUUCCAUCGUCUCCUUCGUCUCUCUCCGCCAUGGAUUCUAAUCCAAGCUCUCCUCUAAGCCCUGCUCGUCUCCCAGAUCCGCCCCAAUCCCCCACCCAGUAGACUCUUCAUCGCCGCCCCUUCCGAUCGUCCCCAUUUGGUGUUGUCGUCCCCCAUCUCUCGCUUUUGUUUUGCCCCUUUUUACCAUUCGAUCCGAGGUUCCUUGAACCCCUAUAUUCGAUGGUGGAUUUGAGGUCGGGUUCUUAAUCCGAUCGGAACCGAUCUUGCUUCAGAGACGGAUGACGACGAAACGCCGGGAGAGGAGCAUCAAGGAAUUGUACGGUGUCACUGAGAUGAUUUCAAAACCAGAGUCCUGGAAGGGAGUUGUCAUAUCCAAGGGCCCUGUGGAUGAACUAGAGGACGAACUGCAGCAGACGAAUUGUGUUACUCCUCCAGCUGAGAAAGGAUACAUGAUUGUUAAUCAGACUACCCGUACAAGGGUGGAGUCUGGGACAUGCAACGUUUGCUCUGCUCCGUGCUCAUCUUGCAUGCACAUCAAUAGAACCACAUCCGUCAUGGAAUCUAAUGUGGAGGGUACUUAUUCUAUAAAUAAGCUUAGGAGGGAAGAAGCUGAUUCCUGUUCCUAUGAUGGUCCAGGGGGUCAUCCACUGUAUAAGAGCAGAGCUUGUGAUGAUCCACAACAUGCGACCAGUGAAACAAGUAAUUUAUUAAGUGUCAGUUCAAGUCAUGAUUCGUAUUCUGAAAAUGCUGAAAGCAAAUCUACUUUAAUUGCAACCAAUGAUGUGUCUGAAGAUGUUGAAAUGCAUCCAAAGUUGUCAGUUGAAGCAGUUGGAGAAGGUGGUCUCCUUCCAAAAGAGACUAAUAUCUCUUCUAGUUGUGUUUUAUCCUCAAAGAGCGAUCCCAUAUCUGUCCCACGCCAGGACCCAUUUCGAAGUGGAAAGGAAGAGCAGCGUGAUCUAGAAUGUCAUGGUGACAAUAUCUCAUGUGCCACUGGAGGUCUAGAUGCCGCUAUUGCAGUCAAUGUCUGUAAUGUGGAUGUGGAUGGCAAAGACCCGGUAAUUGGUGUGGCAUCCACCAAGAGUGAAAUUGCCGAGGGAAUUGAAAGAAAGACUCAGCUAGAAGCUGGUAAUCUGUGUCUUGAUGAUGAAAUAAGGGAAUGUAAGGUCAAAGUUGAAGAGCCAAAUACCUGCCAAAAAGAUAUUCUGCAAAAGAAGGAUUCUGGUUCUUUUGUAAAUGAUCAAUGUUCCAACAAAUCGGAUUGUGUAGAUCAUUCUUCCUUGAAACUGAAUUCUGCAAAGGUUGAACCUUCUGAAUACUUCAUGGCGGACAUGGAAUUGUCAACCAGAGUAGCAGAGGCUUCUGCUAAUGUCAAAGGAGAGAAAACCAUCCUACCAGACCAGGAAGACCAGAGAACAUGCCAGCUUAAAAGUGUCUCCCCAUCAGGAACUCAGAAAAGCAGCUAUUCUUGCUUAGAAACUAGGAAUCACAGAGAAAAUGAUGUCACAGGUGACAAAGACUGUGAAGCAGUUAAGAGUAGCACAAUCAAGCAGUCAUCCAGGAUGUCGAGUACUCUGGUCGAAGAUUCUGAAAUUCAGGCACUGGAAAAGCAAUCUCAACUGAUGUGCAUAGGUGAAAAUUCUGAGUCAGAUAUCGAGGAUGAUGUGAAAGUUUGUGAUAUAUGUGGUGAUGCCGGUCGAGAAGAGUGUCUGGCAGUAUGCAGUAAAUGCAGUGAUGGUGCUGAACACACUUACUGCAUGCGGAUUAUGUUGGAGAAAAUUCCUGAAGGUGACUGGUUAUGUGAAGAAUGCAAGCUCAAGGAGGAUACUGAAAAUGAUGAAGUGGAUAGAACUGAGGUGAUACAGGAGAAAUUAGAAGUUCAGUCCUUGAAAGAAAAUAUUGUGAGCUCUGAAACUGUUCCCAGCCCCAAGGUUUCUCUUAGGUUGGACUUAGAGGCGAAUGAUCAGGAAGCAACAGGAGUUCUUAAGAGAACCCACAGUCAGCAUGUUUCUGCCCAUAGGCUCACAGAUAAUACAGAGGUUUCUUCAAUUACUGGCAAAAGAUCAGCUGAAUCAAAUGGUAGUUCCAUUGAGACAUCUAGUCCGAGGAAAAAAGUUGCCCUGUCAUGUGAUAGCUCAUUGAAGAAGCUGGAUUUAACUAAAGGAAAGCUGGCCAACAUGACAUCAUCAAUUGGAAGUCACUCUGGACAUAGUAGUCCUCAGGCAUUUGUGAAAGCGCAAAUGUCUGGUUCUUACCCCUCAAAGGUUCAAACCCAAGUUCAGACUCCUCGAGGUUCUUUGUCGAGAUCAAUGUCUUUAAAUAACUCAGGCAUGAAGGGAAAAGUAAAACAGUUGAUUGAAAAUAUACCUCAUAAGACAAAACUCACCAAAGAAUUUUCUUCCAAAGACACAAGGAAAGAUGGAAUUGUCAGAACAGCAACCAAAAAUGCAUCAUUCAGAACUAUUGGUUCAUCCCGGUUAAAUGUUGAAACAACAAUUAAAACACAGUUUCUUAAUUCCCCUAGGUCUGAAGAUUCAAAAAGCUUUAAGCAUCCAAAAGACAGAAAUCCAUUGGAAAAGAAAAAUUCUUUUAAGUUGGAUCAUACCCCUGCGAUACCAUCAACAAGUAAUGCCGUUCCUUCAAAGGCGGAGCUGAAGGGUGCUCAAAUAAGCGGAAAAUCAAAUAAUGUGUCUGAAUCAAACAUUGUUAGUGUGACUAAAAGAUUGGGGGAUGCAAAUGACUUAGGGCACAGUGAGGUGAAGAAACAGCCAUUGAAUGCACCAAAAGCUUUGGGAAGUUCAUCUUUAAGCAGUUUAGGUCAAAAGUCAUAUAGUAUACGAAGCGCUAAAUCUUCCAUUCAACCUGAAACAGUACCACAACAUGAAGAUAAAUCCAAGGACUCUAACUUAUUCAGCAGUUCAAGGCAAGCAGGCCCAAGUGGUGGUCGGGUAUUACGCUGUCAAAAAUGUAACGAAACAGGUCAUGCAACUCAGUUCUGCUCAAUUGACAAGCUUCGUGUAUCUGCUCUGAAACCAUCAGCUGAACGUAAUUUAAAGGAGGCAACUGUCAAAAGUGAUAGGUGGAAGGAUGCAGUGGAAGCUUUGCUUUCAAAGACUAAGGUGCAGAAGGAUGGUAGAUCACUGGAUCAUGCUGAUUCCACCACAGUAACUCCUAGGUCAAGUCGUGAAUCAGGUCCUAAAGACGUUACAACAAGUUCCUCAAACUCUUUUCAAGGAGGCCUAAUUUCUAGGCAAGAGGUUUUUAGAAGCUCUGCCACUUGUCCAGGCCUAAUUGGAGCUGCCAUUGGUGUAAAGCAACCUGAUAAUCACCAGGUGGAAACCUGCAUCCCAGUUGAUAGACAGCCGAAGGCGUUGCCUACUGCCUUGAAAGAGUCGACUGGCCUGCCUUCUGUUCCAACCAUGACUGAUCGAUGUUCUGAUCAAGGACAUCCAAUGAGAGUUUCUGUUUUUCCGGAGCUCGAGUUCAUAUGGCAGGGUGACUUUGAGGUGCUGAGAGCUGGUAGACUGCUUGAACCAUGUAAUGGUGUUCAAGCUCAUCUGUCAACCUGUGCAUCACCCAAAGUCCUUGAAGUUGUGAAUAAGUUUCCUGGCAAAGUUAAAUUGGAGGAAGUACCUCGCUCUGGCUCAUGGCCAUUGCAAUUUCAGAGAAUCAGCCCUAAAGAGGAUAAUAUCGCUCUUUUUCUGUUCGCUAGAGAUAUCGAGAGUUAUGAGAAGAAUUAUAAAAAGCUGUUGGAAAAUAUGCUAAAAAAUGAUUUAGCCCUCAAAGGGUUUAUUGAUGAGGUUGAGCUUCUGAUUUUCCCAUCCGAUAAGCUGCCAGAGAACUCCCAGCGUUGGAACAAUUUAUUUUUUCUCUGGGCUGUAUUCAGAGAAAGGAGGAUUGAUUGCUCAGAUGCAUUACCUGGUCCCCAGAGACCUUGUAAAUCCAGUUUGCAAGAGGAGCUUUUGGUGCAAGAUUCUCCAUCGCUACUGGCAUCUGAUUUUUCCACCUCCAAGAAUAUAAAUUUGCAUGAGUUUCCUUCGACAGAUUCAUCCAAGUUUGAAAUGUUGCCUAAGGCAGGGAUCAUUGAACACAAUACUCAGAUGUCCUCAGAAGCUGUGGUCGAGCCACAGUGUGAAAUCAGUCCUUGUCCUGAUUUAGGCAAUCAAAUAACCACUUUACCUUUGUGCUUAGAACAGAACAGUGGUGUUGCUUCUCCGAAAAUAUCAGCGCCAGUUCAGGUUGAUAGAUGUGCUGAACCUCGAAAAAAUAAAAUUUUCGGCAAUGAUGCAAUGGGUGGAAUAGAUGCUGAAACAUCAAAUAAUGUACAGAAUAGUUUGAAUAAGCAUGGUGCAUUGCCCAUUUUGCCUGUUACAUGUGCUUCUACUGCUUGCGGAGAUGGUUGUGAAUUCAGUGCAAACCUGGAAAAGCUACAAGAGACCACAGUGCUAGGUAGUGACCCUCAUGAUUGUAUGACAUCAGCGGACAACCUCAGUUGGGAAUCAAAGUCUAGUAGGAAACGUGCUCGCUCAUGUUCUGUGGAUGUUAACCUUCAGGCUUCUGGUGAAACAUUGAAGGUUGUGGAUGAAACCAUGACAGGGAAGGAGAAUAUGAAUCAUGGAGCUGAACAUAUUGAGAAAGAUCACAAGAAGGCAAAACUUUGUAAUGAUGAUGGGCUUGCUGAUUUUCCAGAGCCACAGCGACAUAGAGAGAUCAUCAUGGAUGAAACAAAAGAUAACCCUGAAAGCUCGAGAAGUGUUGAGAGGUUUGUCUUUCCGUUUGAUUUGAAUUCCGUAAGCUGUGAAGAAACAGAAACCGAAACCGAGAUUGAAAGGGUGAUACAUGUUUUAUCUUCGGAUGAUGAGGACAUCGGAGAACCGGUUAUCCCAGAUCUCGAACUAGCUUUGGGGGGCAGGAAGAAACCUGUGAAAAAUGAAAGGCAGCCCUUAAUUUUCCCUAUUGUCAGCAGCAAGAUUAAUCAACACCAGAGGCCUGCAGUCCGACAGAAUGAAUAUGCGUCAGCAUCUCUCUCUUUAUCUCUUGCAAUUCCUAAAUCUGAGAAUGAAGAAACAGUAGCCGGUGACGUUCAGCAGCCAUCAUUUUGGCAGCUUUAAUGAUACUUGAGUAGUUGAAUUCCCCCAGGAAGAUGCAUGCCCUGUAAAUUAUGCCGAAAAUGGUCUAGGUAGAGUUAUACUGAUCUUUGAGGAUAUCAUCAUCUCAAGGGGUGAUUGCCUAAUCCAUUCGCCUAUCUAUCUGUCUAUAAACAUAUACCAAAUCCUCACCUUUUUUUCAUACCCAUUUUUUGUAUUUUUUUUGUUUUUUCUUUUAAAAAAAUAUUAGUAGACUAGCAGCUCUGCUUUCAGAGUGCAGAGCGUCAGCUCUUUUUGUAUAUACAAGAGAAGAAAGUAGCCAGCUUUGUCUGCGAGAAAACAGGGCUCUCCAGGUGUGCAUCCUCAAGUUUUUCAUUACUAGUAAGCUUUUCCUGAACCCUAAAGUAUCUGUGUAUAAAUCUGUUGGCUGGAUGUUUGUUUCCCUAGCUUUCAUUAGAAUACAAUUUUGAAACGCUUC